GCAGAGUACAUUAAUUGAACUGCGGUAACUAAUGAGAGGAAGAACCGAUGGAAUGCAAAAGAGGCGGUUGGUCGCAUAUGUAUGCGGUGGGGCUGCCUUUAUUGUUUUUCUGUAUGUCUGUUUUGGAUCUAGAAGUCGAAGUGCUGAAUCAGCUAUUGAGUAUGGUAGCCGUUCUUUGAGAAAAAUUGGUUCGUCCUAUUUGGGUGGGGAUGAAGAAACUGAUAAGCAAUUCGAGUCUUCAACUAAAUCAUCCACGGUGAAUGAGGGAGGUGAUUUAUUUGUUCCCAAGAGUUUCCCUGUCUGUGAUGAUCGACAUUCAGAGUUAAUUCCAUGCCUAGACAGAAAUCUCAUAUACCAAAUGAGAUUGAAGCUUGAUCUUGCUUCCAUGGAGCACUAUGAAAGACAUUGCCCUCCACCAGAAAGACGAUUCAAUUGCCUAAUACCGCCUCCAAUUGGAUAUAAGGUCCCGCAUAAAUGGCCAAAAAGUAGAGAUGAAGUUUGGAAAGCAAAUAUACCUCACACUCACCUAGCACAUGAGAAAUCUGAUCAAAACUGGAUGGUUGUAAAAGGUGAAAAAAUUAUAUUUCCAGGUGGAGGCACACAUUUUCACUAUGGUGCUGACAAGUACAUAGCCUCAAUUGCCAAUAUGCUCAACUUUCCAAAGGAUAAUUUAAACAAUCAGGGCAAAUUAAGAACAGUUAUUGAUGUUGGGUGUGGGGUUGCAAGUUUUGGAGGUUAUCUUCUGUCAUCAGAUAUAAUAGCAAUGUCUUUAGCACCUAAUGAUGUGCAUCAAAAUCAGAUUCAGUUUGCAUUGGAGAGAGGAAUCCCUGCCUAUCUUGGAGUUCUUGGAACAAAGAGGCUUCCUUACCCGAGCAGAUCUUUUGAACUUGCUCACUGUUCUCGGUGUAGGAUUGAUUGGCUUCAAAAAGAUGGGAUUUAUCUUCUCGAGUUAGACAGGUUGCUCCGACCGGGUGGUUACUUUGCCUACUCUUCACCAGAGGCAUAUGCCCAAGAUGAAGAAGAUCUCAAAAUUUGGAGGGAGAUGAGUGCCAUUGUGGAACGAAUGUGCUGGAAAAUAGCCGCUAAGAGAAACCAAACGGUUAUCUGGGUUAAACCAUUAACGAAUGAUUGUUACUUGUCAAGAGAAAUUGGUACUCAGCCUCCUCUUUGCCGCCCUGAUGAUGAUCCUGAUGCUGCUUGGGGAGUGAAUAUGGAAGCCUGUAUCACUCCUUACUCCGAUCAUGAUCACAAAACCAAGGGCAGUGGACUUGCUCCUUGGCCUGCUCGAUUGACUUCACCACCUCCGCGUCUUGCUGAUUUAGGUUAUUCAAAUCAAAUGUUUGAAAAAGACAUGCAAAUUUGGAAGCAGAGGGUUGAGAAUUACUGGAAUCUUUUGAGUCCCAAGAUAGAAUCUGAUACUUUGAGGAAUGUGAUGGACAUGAAGGCCAAUUUGGGAUCCUUUGGAGCUUCUUUAAAAGAUAAGAAUGUUUGGGUAAUGAACGUUGUUCCCGAAGAUGGACCAAACACUCUCAAGAUUAUUUAUGAUCGUGGUCUCAUUGGCGCAGUUCAUAGCUGGUGCGAGGCAUUCUCAACAUACCCGAGAACUUAUGAUUUACUUCAUGCUUGGACGGUUUUCUCCGACAUGGAAAGAAAAGGGUGUAGUUCGGAGGAUCUAUUACUUGAGAUGGACCGAAUUCUGAAGCCAACUGGUUUUGCCAUUAUUCGUGACAAACAGCCGAUUAUAGAUUUGAUAAAGAAGUACUUACCAGCCAUUCAUUGGGAAGCGGUGGCAACAGCGGAUUCAAGUUCAGAACUAGAUCCGGAUGUGGACCAAGCUGUGCUGGUCGUUCAGAAGAAGUUGUGGCUUACAAGCGAAAGCUUCAGACAGUCCGAUUGAG